AUGGCACUAUCUCCCACAGCGAGUCUUGCCCAGGUGGGCCUCCCCCAGUGGGACAUCAACAGAAUCAUUCAGUCUAUUGACGUUGACGACUCGGGAAAUGUUUCAUAUACAGAGUUCUUGGCAGCGUGCUACUCAUGGCAGGAAUCAGAGCUAAAUGUUAUCUGGACUGCUUUUCAGAAGAUGGACAAGGAUGGAGAUGGGAAAAUAUCGGUUCCCGAGUUUGAAGCAGUUCUUGGCGGCGAGGAUUACCGUUUAGUCCCAAAGGAUACAAUAAAGGCACUCGUUGCGCAGAUAGACAAGAAUGGCGAUGGCCAGAUCGACUGGGAUGAAUUUUUGCAGUACAUGAAGCUCAACUAG